AUGGCAGGCUCGAGGCUGGUGUUGUCGCUGUUGGUCGCAGCUCUCCUGCUGCAUGUGGCCACCACGCUGAAGGUCGGCGCCUUCAACAUCAAAGCGUUUGGGGACACCAAGAUGUCCAACCAGACCAUCGCAAAUAUCAUCGUGUCUAUCCUGUCAGAGUACGACAUCAUUCUGGUGCAGGAGGUCCGGGAUGCCGACCUGAGUGCUGUGAAUGACCUCAUGGACCAGCUCAACAGUUUUGGGAGGCACCCAUACAACUUUUUGGUCAGCAUCCCCCUGGGUCGGACCAGCUACAAGGAGCAGUACCUCUUCAUCUACAGGUCAGACAUGGUCUCCGUGCUGGAUAGCUACUAUUACGAUGAUGGCUGCGAGUCCUGUGGGACCGAUACCUUCAGCAGGGAGCCCUUCAUUGUGAAGUUCUCCUCACCCACCACACCAGAGGUACAGGAGUUCGUGUUGGUGCCUCUGCAUUCCGAGCCCAGCCAUGCAGCACAGGAGAUCGAUGCACUCUACGAUGUCUACACCGAUGUCAUCGACAAGUGGGGGACUAACGAUAUAAUCUUCCUGGGUGAUUUCAACGCUGACUGCUCCUACGUGACCAGCUCCCAGUGGCCGUCCAUCCGCCUGCGUUCCCUCCACGCCUGCGAGUGGCUCAUCCCCGACAGCGCCGACACCACCGUGGCCGACACCACUGACUGUGCCUACGACCGCAUCGUCGCCUGCGGCACUGCCCUCCGCCAAGACAUUGAACCUGGCUCCGCCACCGUCAACAACUUUGACAAGAAAUUCCACCUCCAUAUCAAGGAUGCUUUGGCUGUCAGCGACCAUUUCCCAGUGGAGGUGACCCUGAAAGCCCACUGA